UUCAACCAAAACAAUCGGCAAAAAUAAAAUAAUUUUAUUAAAUUUCGUCAUAAAUACCAAAAAUUAUCAUCAAAUUUUGUUUGAAGUGAGAACAGGAACUACCGGAGCACGUGAAAAAUCAUGCCGAUUAACGCAGCAACUCUAAAAACGCAACUUUUGGCAUUGGCAAACUCGUCCGGCAUCCACAAAGAACAAACAGACAAAUAUCGUCUUUUGUUGGAUCAGGUGAUGACAAAUACGGGCAAUGAGUUGAUUGAAACCUUGAAAUUGUUCAUCGAAGCCAUUGUCAACGAGAACGUUUCCCUCGUAAUUUCACGCCAAAUCCUCACAGACAUCGGAAAUCAGUUUGUUCGUUUGCCCGACGAUGUCUCAAAAGUUGUUUCGCACUUCACCCUUGAAAAAGUUCAGCCCCGCGUAAUUUCCUUCGAGGAACAAGUUGCAAGUAUUCGUCAAAAUUUGUCACAAAUUUACGAACGCGAGGAAAAUUGGAAGGAAGCAGCAAACGUUCUCGGCCAAAUUCCUCUCGAAACGGGACAGAAACAAUACACGACAGAUUACAAACUGGAAACUUACCUAAAAAUCGCUCGUUUGUACUUGGAGGAUGAUGAUCCGGUAAAUGCCGAAGGUUUCAUCAAUCGUGCUUCGAUGUUGCAAGCUGAGACGAAAAAUGAACAGCUGCAAGUGAUGUACAAGGUGUGUUAUGCUCGUGUCUUGGAUUAUCGCCGGAAAUUCAUCGAAGCAGCUCAGCGAUACAACGAACUCAGUUAUCGCACAAUCGUCGAAGAAAAUGAACGUAUGACGGCGUUGAAAAAAGCUCUAAUCUGCACAGUUUUAGCGUCGGCGGGACAACAACGAUCUCGCAUGUUGGCGACUCUUUUCAAGGACGAACGAUGCCAACAACUUCCGACUUACGGCAUCCUCGAGAAAAUGUAUUUGGAUCGAAUAAUUCGUCGCAGUGAGCUGCAGGACUUUGAAGCGCUGUUGCAGGACCAUCAAAAAGCCGUCACUGUCGAUGGAUCGACAAUUUUGGAUCGCGCGGUCUUUGAACAUAAUCUUUUGUCGGCCAGCAAGUUGUACAACAACAUUACGUUCGAAGAGCUGGGUGCCUUGUUGGAAAUUGCGCCAGCAAAGGCGGAACGGAUUGCCAGUCAAAUGAUCACGGAGGAACGCAUGAACGGAUAUAUCGAUCAAAUUGAUGGAAUUGUUCAUUUUGAAACUCGUGAAAGCCUUCCGCAAUGGGACAAAAAUAUCCAAAGUUUAUGCUAUCAAGUCAACGGAAUCAUCGAGAAAAUUGGAUUAGUUGAGGCAGAUUGGAUGAACAAAAUUAUGGAUGAGCAAAUGACUUGAAACAAAACGAUACGUGCUUAAAUUUGCUGUUUUUUGAUAUUCUUUGAAAGAAAAAUGAAAUAAAAUUUCUGUUCUCUUAUAAUUUAAAUAAGUGUUUUUAUAAGUUUUUUUUAAUAUUCAAUCCAUAUAAAAUUAAAAAAAAAUUCCUAAAUUAAGUAAAAAUUUGUUAAAGAACAAGAAAAUUUGUUUGAAGUAAAAU